CACUGUAAAGCAUAUUUUAUAGCUGUAUAGCUUAUUAAUUGUACUAUAUAUUGAAGAGCUAGUAAGUUAAGCUUCAAACCAACUAAUCUCAUAGUUAGGAAAAUAUAAUCAAUUAUGGCUACCCUUAUUGCUCCCAUCAACCAUUCUCCUGUUGCAGAUGCAGAAGCUCUUCAUAAAGCUGUCCAAGGAUGGGGGACUGAUGAAAAGAGUGUGAUUACAAUAUUGGGUCAUAGAAAUGUUUAUCAGAGACAACAAAUCAGAAAAUCUUAUCAAGAAACAUACCAAGAGGAUCUCCUCAAACGCCUUGAAUCUGAACUCUCUGGUGACUUUGAGAGAGCUGUGUACCGUUGGAUGCUGGAACCUGCGGAUCGCGAUGCUGUUUUGGCCAAUGUAGCCAUUAAGGAUGGAAACAAAGGACACCAUGUUAUUAUUGAAAUUGUUAGUGUUCUUUCACCUGAAGAAGUUCUAGCAAUGCGUCGCGCUUAUCAUAAUCGUUACAAGCAUUCUUUAGAAGAAGAUGUUGCUGCUCAUACCACUGGCCAUCUUCGCCAGCUAUUGGUUGGAUUGGUAACCUCAUUUAGAUAUGGUGGUGAUGAGAUCAAUCCAAAAUUAGCAAAAACUGAAGCUGAUAUUCUUCAUGAAUCAAUCAAAGAGAAGAAAGGAAACCCUGAAGAAGCCAUUAGAAUCCUUACUACAAGAAGCAAGACCCAGCUUUUGGCGACGUUUAAUCGUUACAGAGAUGACCAUGGCAUUUCCAUAACUAAGAAACUGUUGGAUAAUGCAUCCGAUGACUUUCACAAGGCACUGCACACCGCGAUUCGAUGCAUCAAUGACCAUAAGAAGUACUAUGAAAAGGUUCUGCGUGGUGCGCUGAAAAGGGUUGGAACCGAUGAGGAUGGACUGACUCGGGUGGUUGUGACAAGAGCUGAGAAGGAUCUGAAGGACAUCAAAGAGGUGUAUUAUAAGAGAAACAGUGUUCACCUUGAAGAUGCAGUGGCCAAAGAAAUUUCAGGGGACUACAAAAAGUUCAUCCUUACCUUGUUGGGGAAGUAAGAUUGAAGUGAUUGGCUCUAGAUAAGGGCAUAUGUUUUAAUAAUGGUUUUUGGUUAUGCUGGUUUAGUUUCUUGGUUUGAUUUGGUUUUUUGGUCAUGUUUUCUUGAGUCUGGUUUUGAAUUAUAAUCUCUGUUGUGAGAGACAAUAUGUACUUCUAUUAUAUUCUAUCUUAAUAAAUAAUUUUAUUAUAUUCGAUGUUUGACUAUA